GGCGGGCCGUGCGCGUACCUUCCCGCUUGGCCUUUCACUGAAUGCCUGCUUCUGUGUCGGUCACACGAGUGUAACACAAUGUAGCCGUGUGCAGAUUAUCAGGAGUCCUUCAGGAGUUCUUGGCACGCUGUUUGCUGCUGCUGCAGCUCAGAGGAGGAUGAUUCAUCUUCUCCUCCGGGCUGUGACUUGACUUCGAAGGUUUCGCAACACUGGGUGGCUUUAUAACGACAUCAUUGCCGGCUGUGUGUGUGUGCCUCCCAAAAGCUUUCUUUGCAAACUUGCGAGCGAAAGAGCAGCGAGCGGCAAGGGGGGGGGACAAAUCUUAAAACAGCAGCCCCCCCCUCUUUCCUAGGGAAAAACAAUGGCGCUUUACAUCUGCCAGCUCUUCCUCUUAGCUGCCGAUUUAACGCUGGCGUCCGCGAUCUCCUGCGUCCUUUACACGCUCACCUGCCUGUGUAUUGGGACUGUCGUCAGUUUGUUGAUCCUUCUCUGCUCCUUUGGGGUGGCGAAGAACGUGAGGAAAAUGGUGGGCCGAAUGGGGGGUGCGCUCCUCAGCUUGGCUUGGAGGAGCCCCGUUGGAAAGAUGCUUUUGAGGAAAUCUGAACAUCCAGAGUUUGAGGUGCUGGCAGCGCCUCAUGGCCAGGAGGCAAACUGGGACCCAGUUCCGAAGGAGGAAGGCGCAUCCGCCACUAAACUGCCAGGGACUCGGAAGAAAUCACAGAAGCCUCUGGGGCAGAGUCAGCUUCCUCCGAAAGGAACGCCUGGAGUAAUAAAGAAGCCUUCCAUCUUGACGUGGGAAGAGAAGGAAACAUCAAAAGAAUAUGAAGGCAGUAUACCUCGUAAGCAGAAGAACAGUUUCCUGUCACCUGUUUUUUUGCUUGCUCUCCUCUGGGCUCCUGUGGACCUGGUGUGCCCUUGUCUGAAGAAAACAAGGUAUCGGUUGCUUAGCACCCUACUGAAAUCUCGAGACUAAGAGGCUGAACGUGUGAUUGACUAAUGAUUGUAACCGGUGUGGAUAUCAUGCGGAGGAACUUCUGUCUUCCUUUUCUCCUCACUUACACAGAAGAGACAUUUCAUGGCUUGCUAAGUAUGAAACGGCUGUGGUUCAAAAUAGGUAUUGGCACAACAAAUGUUGGAGAGAGAAAACGUUGGGUCCCUGUUUUGCAGGACUGAAAUUAGAGGUUUAGGCUUUUGACAGAACUUUUACCAGCCUGACGUGGAUGGAAAGAUCAUCCCGACUGCACUGAGAGACUAAAGUGCAAUUUUCACAUCUGCCGGGUGAGAAGCGUUGUCAAAAUGUUACCUACAGGGAUAAGUGAUGUACGGUGACAGGAAGCAAUGAAGGACACCCUGUGGAAAGGCUAUUGGAAAUUAAGCUCUCAGCUCACACAAAGCUUCAGUUGAGCCAAACACCUGCCUUUUUGCUCUCGUGCUAUAAUUCAGAAUUGUCUCCAUGUCUUUUCCUUCUGGCGAUGACUCAAAUCAGUACAGCAGGGCAUCCAUCUCUCUAGCAGGAAAGCCUUCUGGGAGGGCAUGCUUUUCUACCUGUACAGAUGAAAGACCGCUGAGGACAGCCAGGGUGCAAGUGACACUAAUGAUGGCCAACAUUUCUCCCCCCACUUUUUUUUAAACUGGGCAAGGCAUGUGAGAAACACCACAAGAGAUGCUUGUAUUCUGGACAGAGUAUGCUAUAUUCGGGACUUUUUCUUUAAAAGGUGGAGGCCUGGAAAGGCCUAAAACAGGUCAUAAAGGGGCAAAAAUGAUUAUAUUUGGCAACUUGGGUAGACAGGGACUCUGGGGUUCAUAUUUUCAUUCCUCCCUAAAAUUGGGUAGGCUGUUUUUGGAAGGUCUAAGGAUGUGACUCUCUAAGAUCUGGUGCCCUAGACUCUUAGAAGCUGCCCAUAGGGCUUCUAGUUGUACCGAGCAUCACCUCUAGGCCUUGUUUACUCCAUAGGGUCGCUGUGCAAGACAAAAGAAAGGGGGAGGGCAUCUUGAGACAUGAGCUCAGUCACCCCUGAGGAAAGGCAAGAUAAAAUUUAGCAAAGAUAAUAAUAAGAUGUUUGUAUAAUUCGCUGAAUACAUAUGUGCUGAGAAGUCUAACUAAUCACAGUAUCUUAAAACGUGAACAGUGUAAUAAGAAAUGUGCAUCUUAAGUGAUCCAAGUAGGCAAUGGUCAAGCAACAGGUAAGUGAAGUGGAUGCUCUUCCUAGGAAGAGCUGUUUAAAUUAACAGAAGAUUGGUGGGUUGCUGGGAAAAGUGCUUUUUCCUUAAGGGGGUAUGUGGUAUAUUUUCUUUACUUUUUCUUUAAUGGUAUGAAUCCCAUUUGGGGACAGUGCUGGCAAAUAAGUAGUUAAUGUGAAUUGCUUUGAACAUUUUUCAAGACUAUGUAAUUUUGCUAACGUUUUGUUCUUAUUUUAAAAAUGUAUUUAUUGAAAUAAAAGUGCAUUUUAUUUGUUUGCUAUU